AUGAGCCUGGCCAAGGAAUUGACCCAUGUCCAUUUAUCAACUACAUUCAAUGAUGGAUCUCAUUCUUCAAUGAGGGAUCCACCUAUUCCCCUAAAGGAGGUUCUGCCUAUUAAGGAGUGGCCGAAUCUGUCUCACUUGGCGCUCUUUCGUUUCAGCGUCGAUACAUCGGAGUUGAUGGACAUACUCAAAUUGGCACCAUCCUCAUUACGAUUUCUUGACUUAGAAUUUAUCGAGUUCCCCUUUGAUGAAUUGUGCUUGACUGGUCUACUAGAGAGGGUGCGAGGGGAGCUGGAUUGGACCGAGAGAGAUCGACCACUGAAACCGACCGUCACUAUCGCGAUGGAAGGCCAUCGCAUAUGGCCGGGGAGGUUCAUCAAGCUUCCAGACGAGGUGGCAAGCUUUCUCUAUGGCUCUGGAGAAAAUCCCCUGGAUGGAACAGAUACACGCAGCCCCAAAGACGGAUGCGGGACGAAUCAUGACCUUUUUGAGGCGGAGUACACUCGGCCCAACUUCCCAACGAUAAGUGAUUAA